GUUUGAUGUGGUCUAGACAACGACUGAGAUAUGAUUCGCGUAUUCUUUCAUCCACUUUGUCAUCAAUACAAUCAAGUUUUACCACUAAAAUUCAUUAAACACGUAUAUCACACCUCAAAUAUACUCAGUAGCAAAAAAUCCAUUGAUUACUCUCGUGUUCCAGUGCUCGAUGAAAAUGAUUUGCAAAUGCAAAUGGUUCGUGGCAGUGGACCUGGAGGUCAAGCGGUGCAAAAAACCAACAAUUGCAUAGUUUUGAAACACAUACCAACUGGCAUUGUUGUAAAAUGUCAUAAACAUCGAAUGGCAUUGCAGAAUCAAAAAGAAGCCCGUAAACUGAUGAUAACACGUUUGGAUAAUGCAAUGAAUGGUGAACAAUCCGUAGAAAAUCAAUUGAAACGUUUAGAAAUGAAAAAAAGCUCAACGAGUUCAUGGAAACAGAGAAAACUGAACGAACUGAAAAAAGAGUGGAAAGAGCGCGAAAAUAUUGAAUAAAUGUUGUUAAAGUAUAAAUAUAGAAAAUAAAACAUAGAUAUGAUUGAUAUUCCUAAAA